GCAAAAAAGCUUUACGUAGGACGAUAUGAAGAAGAUUCCAUAUAAUGCGUUACAGUGCUUAUUAAAUAGAGUCCAAACUUGGAGAGAUGUUCCUAAGAAUAAGCAUGUACUGUUUCUGAUCUCGAAGCUACCACAUACAGAUACCAUCGCUAAUUGGAUCAAAUCAGUGGUAAAGUUUUUUUACAGAACGUAGGAGGAGACUUGGCAACAAUAUUAGUAUUAGACAACUGGUCUAGACGUUUUUAUCGGAGUAUAAAGUCAAUGCUCGAAAGGAGCCAGGUGUCAACUUUGAUUUUAGAUAACGUUAGAUCAGUUAGGUUAUGAUAUUAAUUUACGAAUCUAUGAAAUACAUUUGUAAAUUAGGGACAAUAGGAUGUUGGACUUGCAACUUUUUAUUGAAGAAGAUUCUAUUCAAAAAAAAAAUUUAUUAGAAACCAAAUUUACAAUUUAAUUUUAAAAAUUGUAAAAAUAUAAACCAUUUUCAUUUGAAUACUGAUAAAGAAUUCUAUAAAUUACCAAGUGUGGGAUUGUUUUUUUUUAAACCUACAAUCUCUUGAAAACAUUAUAGAAUUGAUAUAUGUGUUCACUAGAAUUUCAAGA